CUUCGUUGACCUCACCCUUAACUAAUCGAUCCACCAUUAAGAUGUUGGAUUUCAAGAGAGGUGUGGUCUACGCUGUGCUGGGGGCGGCUCUUGUGUUUACCCAUACGGCCACUGCAUUCCCGCGUACCAGUGUCGACUCUUUCCAAGCUUUCAAGCGCCAGGCCGGGCAAAAUGCCACCAACCCUCUACGUGUAGACCUAGGUUAUGAGAUCUACGAAGGUGUAGCUAACAGCACGACGGGAUUGAAUACUUUCAAAGGCAUCCGCUAUGCUGCUCCUCCAAUUGGUUCGCUACGAUGGCAACCUCCCCACGUGCCUACAUAUAACCGUAGUUCCACGAUCUCUGCUGCAUCACUUGCACCAGCCUGCCCGCAAAACCCGGACUCGUUUAGCCAGACUUCGGGAAAACAGAGCCCGUUCGUGCUUGGAACUGAGGACUGCCUGUUCUUAAGCGUGUACAGUCCGUCGAACGCCUCGAAUUUGCCCGUGCUUGUAUGGAUCCAUGGUGGAGGGUACGGCGAAGGGUCCGGAUCUCAGGAUCUUUCCGCUAUCAUCAAUGCUAACUCCAACGGAUUCGUGGGCGUGGCCAUUCAGUAUCGAUUGGGAGCUUUCGGUUUCCUAUCUUCCGAUGAAGUCUUUCGGAACGGCGUCGUAAAUGCCGGAAUUCUGGACCAGCAUUUCGCAUUGCAAUGGGUGCAAUCAUAUAUCUCCCUAUUCGGAGGUAAUGCAUCGCAGGUGACAAUCUCCGGCGAAAGCGCUGGAGGCGGCUCUGUAAUGCUUCAAACGAUGGCAUAUGGCGGCACACUUGGGACCUCCCUAUUCACGAAUUCCAUCGCGGCCUCGCCAUAUCUGCCGAUGCAAUACGGCUAUAGGGACUGGAUUCCAUCCCAAUCCUACUACGCCUUCGCCAUCGCGUCCGGCUGCCCACCAGUGACAGCCUACGGCAGCUCUGCCCAAACCGUAUUUGAAUGUCUCACCUCCAAGGACACCGAGACCCUCCAACGCGCCAGCUUCAAUAUCUCCAGCUCCGGCACCUACGGCACCUGGGGCUUCCUCCCCGUAACUGACGGCGUCUUCAUCCAACAACUGCCCAGCACUCAGCUCCAGUCCAAGAAAGUAAACGGCCUAAACAUCCUCUCAGGGAACAAUGCAGAGGAAGGCGCACCCUUCACCACUCCCAAUAUAACGACGGAAGCCGACCUCGUGGCAUGGUUGACACUAACCUUCCCCCUCUUCUCCCCGGACGACAUCGACAAGAUCCUGCUGUACUACCCUAGCACCGAUGCCUCCGACAUAUCUGGCAUGCUCGAAUACGCAACCUCAGGGAUCGCUAACGCUACAGCCGUGAACGUGAGCCAGGUUGCGGCGGGGCAGCAGCAGCGAGCUGAUAACAUCUACGCCGAAACCACCUUCGUCUGUCCCAGCUACUGGCUCGCCACCGCCUUCACCCCCUCCCGCGACUCCCCGUCCGCAAAAAGCUGGAAAUACCAAUACUCGGUCCCAAACGCUUACCACGGCGCCGAUGUGUCCUCCUACUUCGGCCCCGCGCCGCCGAACCAAGGGCCUGACCUCCUCGCCGCGGUGCAGCAUAUCUGGGGCGCGUUCAUUACGACCAACGACCCGUCCAUCCCGGCUAGUAUCGCGAACAGCACGGAUGCUAGUGUUGCGGAGGGGGAGACGGUGUUUAACGGCACCUGGCCACCGUUUUCUACGAAGUCGCCGUGGCUGCUGAAUAUGAAUCAGACGGGCGGCGAGGCGUUUAGCACGAAUGUGGGGAUUCCGAAUAUGGAGAAUGUGACGGAGUAUCGGGGGCCGGGGUUAAAGAAUGCCUUUAGUUUGGCCAAUGGGUAUACGUGGGAGGGGGGCAGGGGGGUGAGGUGUGAUUUCUGGAGGGCGAUGGGGGAGAUUGUGCCGGAGUAG